AUGAAAACGAUUGCAACAUUGCAAGGCGGUAAUGUACCUCAGAUAAGCUCACAAGUAUUUGAAUUUCGUGAAUCAUCUGAUCUCGAUGUAUUAUUUGCAUUUCUAAAACACGACACAGAAUAUGGAAAGUUAUGCAUUCGUGAGGAACCACUUACGCGAGGUUAUACUUCGAUGGGCCGUUACGUAUCCGGUAUAGGCAUUGAAAAGUGUUACUUUGGUAUAAUUUGA